AUGCCACCUCCGGAGAAACUCCUCCUCCCCGAGGACAAAAAGCGCGUCCUCGAGGUGAUAGAGGAGCAGUGUCCGGAGUCGACGCAGCACCGGGAACAUCGGACCGAGACGGCGCUGGCGGCCCAAAGAAAUGUUCCUCUGUUGCCACAAGACGUAGCAGGAUGCGGCAAACACCAGACCCGCACUCCGGAGUCUAGCGUAGAAAUGUCUGCUCAGUGGCAGCGUAAAGAUGAGACUCACAAGAGUACACAAAGUUUUAGCUAUAACACACUCAAACACCGCGUGGGUGUUGGUUUCAACCUGCCCAUAGUUGAGAGACAGAUUCGAGUUAGCGACACCCCAUCGUGCUGGACGGUCACGGGUGUAUCUCUAGAAGAAGAUAUUGUGUUCCCAAGACUGCUUCAAGAAAGGUCAGAAGGAGGGAAGCAGAUAGUUUUCGUUAACAAUGACUUGCAGCUUGAACUGCAAAAAGCCUCAAUAUUAGCCGAAAGAUUUUUUAUUAGUGGCUUUUCUGAGAGAAAUGUCACUCCGAGAAUGAAAAAUGGAACCGAGUUGGAGAAAAAUUUAUACGAAGACAGAAAUAAGUUUUCUGCAGUCAUAAUGAUCAAGGGUGAAGAGGGCAUUACAUUGGAGGGAGUACUUACUGAAGAUUUGAAAAUUGAGCCCUGGCCUAUGAUGCAACGAAUGUCUGGGAAAGGAAUACCCCAUAAGAUUUCACGGAUUGAACUGCCUCCUUUGGGAAUGAAUUCAUACAGUGAUAGAGCAGUUAAAAAUGCAUCUAAAUUGCGCCUGUUAGAAAGUCGACAAGCUGCAUCCGUUCCCCUUGUAACCUGUGAACUAUUUAUAUUGGUAGAUUCUGUCUAUGGCAUAAAUUUCCCCAACCUGUUCAGGUAUUUAAUUGCCCUGCUAACUGCGGUGAAACUUCGGUUUACCCUGGUGUCCGACCCCUUUGUUACCAUGCGGAUUGUCGGCAUGUACCGACUGACAUAUCAGGAAGAAUCACUCGUAUAUUUUUAUUCAUCGGGAUAUGUCUUGGCUGAACAGUCAUUGAGAAAGCUAUCUGUGUUUCUUCGUCAAAGGCCCGUUUUUGGGAAUCCAGAUUUUUUUUAUUUGUUUUCAGGCAGAGACCUCGCUCAAGUGAAGGGCCUGACUCUGGACGUAACUCUUAUGGGAAUGUCUUUUAUCGCUGUGUUGUGCACAUUCAACAACGUUGGAGUUGGCGAAGACAAGCCGGGAACGUACCAAGGUGUCCGUAUAACUGCUCACGAGUUGGCCCAUGCGUUUGGCUGCGUUCAUGACGGUGAAGGACCACUGCCCUAUAUUCCAAAUCAUCCUGGAGCACGAUUUCCAGAAUGCGCGUGGGAACACGGCUAUAUGAUGAGUUACAUUGAGAGGGAUGCAAAGUCCUUUCAUUUCUCCCCCUGCUGUAAACUACAAAUGAAAGUGUAUUUCAGACUUCUCUCGGCGGACUGCUUGUCUACUAAAUUUCAAUAUGAUUACUUUAUACAUUCAGAAAACAAACUACCAGGAGACUUCUUCGAUGGAAACUUGUUUUGUAAAACUCACCACCCUUCGUUGCCCUCUGUUUAUUAUCCCCAGCCGCAAGACCCUUCGGACCUUCUCCAAUGCAAGAUUCAAUGCAGAGUUGCAUCCGGUUACGGACGCUACAUAUACUACCCUCAUUUCGCACCCGAAGGAUUGACUUGCUACGGAGGAAGGGCGACGUGCAGACAUGGGGAAUGUCGCUUCUGGUAA